AGCAAGAACUUAAUUGUGUAUUGAGAGUGAAGAAAUGGCAGCUCUAAUGAAGUACUUGUGUGUUGUAGGAUUUGUUGUGGUUUUGGUGAUUGCUGGUUUCAAUACAGCUAAUGGAGCUGGUGAAUGCGGGAGAAAUUCACCGGAUAUGGAAGCUAUGAAGCUGAUACCUUGUGCAGAAGCAGCAUCAGAUUCAAAUGCUUCUGUUUCCAGAAGCUGUUGCCAGCAGAUACAGAAACUGGGACAGAAUCCGAAAUGUCUCUGUGCUGUUAUGCUCUCCAAUACUGCUAAGGAUUCUGGAGCCAAACCUGAAGUUGCCAUUACCAUCCCCAAACGCUGCAACCUGGCAAAUCGUCCCGUGGGCUACAAAUGUGGACCUUACACGUUGCCUUGAAGGCUGAAGAUUUGGAUGUGUACGCUGGAUGUAAUGUUCUUAUUAUUGUGUUCCAGUUUUCCUGGUUUUACUUAAAAUCAGAUGCCAUGUACAACUUCUUAUUAAUAAAAUAACAAGUAUCUAGCAUUCUGUUUUUUUCAAUGAA